CACUCAUCCUACCCACUCGGUGGUUUUGGACGGUCCUAAUGUCAUAGCUUAAUAUGGUGGUCCCUCCACGUGAACGCGCGAACGAAGGGUUAGUGCCUAGGGUUAGUGUUAGUGUUUAGGGGGCCGGUUUGUCCUCGUUCUGAUUGGUGCCUGCCAUACGCGAAACCAAGGCAACGGCACAUAGGGGCGGGGCAAAGCAGUUGACAGCAUAAAGAAAACUUUGUCAGCGUAUUGCUCACAAAUUAGCCUUUUUCAGCGAUGUAAAUAAUGCGAAGCGGCACCUCGGAUAUCCACGACCAGAUACAGAAAUUUCCCCGACGUGGGACUUCUUCUGUUAAAACGCUGAUAUCCACACUUUCAGCAGACAGCUUUCCAAAUUAGUUCUGCGGCUAAUCCUUCACAUAUUUUCUUGUUGCACAGGAUGUAUUGUGCUGGAGACGAUAGAGAGACCUGUCAACGGUCCAGCUUGAUGGCGAGCAGCAGGAGUGCUCUGAAGGCACGAGUGCAACAGUUUGUGGAAGAGAGGAUGCAAACCACGAUGCUUACAGGUGUACUGAUUGGGGCAAUAGUUGCAGUCUCACUCAUUGGAAUUGUGGUGCUCUUCUUUUACAGAAAAUUUAAACUUGCUCGUGAACAGCAGCCGGGUGUGCCCCACUAUCGAUUUCGAAAGCGAGAUAAAGUGCUUUUUUAUGGAAGGAAGAUAAUGCGAAAGGUUCAAACGUUGUCCUCUACUCCUCCCUCUUCCUCAGUGUCAAAAACACCACAGCGCAUACGCAAACGAACCAAAGUUCUGAGCAUAGCUCGCAGAAUCCUGAGGAUUCGUAAAGACCCUCCAACUCUGCAGCAUAAGGAACCUCCUCCAUCUUUGCUGGAGGCAGAUCUAACAGAAUUUGAUGUGCAGAGCUCCAACCUUCCCUCAGAGGUCCUCUACAUGCUAAAAAAUGUUAGAGUCUUGGGUCAUUUUGAGAAGCCUCUGUUCCUGGAAUUGUGUCGUCAUAUGGUGUUUGUUGAGCUGCAAGAGGGGGAGGUACUUUUCAGACCAGGAGACGAUGAUGACAGUAUAUACGUGGUCCAGGACGGUCGACUUGAGCUCUGCGUUCAAGAGAAUGAUGGCACUGAGCCAGUGGUGAAGGAUGUCCACCCUGGAGACAGUGUCCACAGCCUGCUCAGCAUUCUGGACAUCAUCACUGGAUAUCCAGCUCCAUAUAAAACUGUAUCAGUAAGAGCUGCAACUCGCUCCACCAUCUUACGCUUGCCUGCUUCCGCCUUUGAGUCAGUUUUUAAGAAGUAUCCUGAGACACUGGUGCGGGUCAUUCAGAUAAUUAUGGUGCGACUCCAGAGGGUGACCUUUCUAGCGUUGCAUAACUAUCUGGGUCUAACAACUGAGCUCUUCAAUCCGGAGAGUCAGGCUGUUCCAUUGUCCAAUAUAAGCAGUGUUAUGGUGGAGGUAAAUUCUGGAAAAAUGCCACGUCGUCUCCACUUCCAAGAGGAGCUUCCAACAGGGACUGUUGAGACUACUUCAGAACCAGAAGCCCUUAAGGACAGCCCCCUGAACAACAGCAGGAGGCUGCGGUCCGUUUCUGCACCCACCGAUUGUACUGGAAUUGACCUUAAUAUGGCUUGUGAACGUGCUCGUGUCACCAUAGAGGAGGUAUCAUCCAGUCCUCUCGCUCAGAAAUCUACUCUGAGAAAGAAUGUAACUAUGCAGCAAACACCAUCUGAAGUGUUUCAUUAUACUGACAGCGGAGGGCAGUCUGAUGCCAUCAACAUUGGUAGGAGCAGCAUUGUCCUUCAAGCUGCUAAAAAGGACUUGCUGGGAGUUAUCCAGCUGCAGGACCCCAGUUUACUUGAUGGCAGAGUGACCCUUCACCAUGUGAAGGCUGGUUCUGUUGUGGCUCGUCAGGGAGACCAGGAAGUGAGCAUUCAGUUUGUGAUUUCCGGCCUGCUCCAUGUUUAUCAGCGAAUGAUCGACCGUGAGGAAGAUACACGUCUGUUUGUGACGCAUCCUGGAGAGCUGGUUGGUCAGCUCGCUGUCUUGACUGGAGAGCCGCUCAUAUUUACAGUUCGAGCCCAGCGAGACUGCAGCUUUCUCUCCAUUUCCAAAACCCACUUCUAUGAAAUAAUGCGCGUGGAACCAAACGUAGUCCUGAACGUGGCUCACACCGUUUCCAGGCGGAUGUCAUCUUUCAUCAGACAGAUAGACUUUGCACUUGAUUGGAUGGCUGUGGAGGCUGGCAGGGCCGUUUACAGGCAGGGCGAAAAAUCAGACAGCACAUUUAUAGUGCUGAGUGGUCGACUGCGUUCUGUGAUCUUGAAAGAGGAUGGCAAAAAGGAGCUGAUAGGAGAGUAUGGCCGGGGAGACCUGAUUGGUGUGGUGGAGGCCUUGACCCACCAGAACAGAGCCACAACUGUUCACGCUGUUCGAGAUUCAGAACUCGCCAAGUUACCAGAGGGGGCGCUCAACUCCAUCAAGAGGAGGUUCCCUCAGGUUGUCACCAGGUUGAUCCAUUUGCUUGGUCAGAAGAUUCUUCAGCAGGUCAAUGUUCCUCUUUCAGCUCGUAGCUUGGCACUUCACACUCCAGGAAGCAAAUUGGAUGCAGGGAAUCAAGCCUCCAACCUCUCAACUGUUACAGUUCUUCCUGUAUCAGAAGAGGUGCCUUUGACUGCCUUCACCCUGGAGCUACAGCAUGCCCUCCUUGCUAUUGGACCAACUCUUCUGUUGACAAGUGAAAUUAUCAAACAAAGGCUUGGAGCUGCAGCACUGGAUAGUGUGCACGAGUACCGUCUUUCCAGCUGGCUGGGCCAACAAGAAGACAUCCAUCGCAUAGUUCUUUAUCAGACUGACUCCACAUUGACCCCGUGGACUCAGCGGUGCAUCCGUCAGGCUGACUGCAUCAUUAUUGUGGGACUAGGGGAGCAAGAUCCUGCUGUUGGAGAGCUGGAGCGCAUGUUAGAAGGAAGUGCAGUGCGGGCCCAGAAGCAGCUGGUGUUGUUACACCGAGAAGACGGCCCUCCUCCCCAAGGGACUGUGAACUGGCUGAAUAUGCGAAGCUGGAUCUCCAGGCACCUCCACCUCUCCUGUCCCAGAAGGGUCUUCUCUAAAAGGAGCCUUCCCAAGCUGCUAGAGCUGUACCAGCGUGUGUUUGAGAAGCCUGCAGACCGCCACUCUGACUUCUCACGUCUGGCUCGGGUUCUCACUGGUAAUGCUAUUGCUCUCGUCCUUGGAGGAGGAGGGGCCAGGGGUUGCUCACAAGUGGGGAUUAUGAGAGCACUCUGUGAGGCCGGUAUCCCGGUGGACCUGAUUGGUGGGACUUCUAUUGGAGCCCUAAUGGGGGCUCUGUAUGCUGAGGACCGCAGCCUGAGCCGCAUGAGGAUUAGAGCCAGAGAAUGGGCAAUGGAAAUGACAUCAACAUUUAAGAAGGUUUUGGAUUUCACAUGUCCUGUGUCGUCCAUGUUUACGGGUGCUGGCUUCAACUCUAGCAUCAGCAACGUGUUUCAAAGCAAACAAAUUGAGGACCUUUGGAUCCCAUAUUUCAAUAUUACCACAGAUAUCAGUGCUUCAGCCAUGAGGGUACACACUGAUGGUUCCUUGUGGCGGUACGUUCGAGCCAGCAUGUCUCUCUCAGGAUACCUGCCUCCUCUCUGUGAUCCCAAAGAUGGACACCUACUGAUGGAUGGAGGCUACAUCAACAAUCUGCCUGCGGAUGUGGCGCGCUCCAUGGGGGCCAAGGUGGUGAUAGCUAUUGAUGUGGGCAGCCGGGAUGAAACAAACCUCACUAAUUAUGGCGAUUCGCUCUCAGGCUGGUGGGUGCUAUGGAAACGCCUCAACCCCCUGGCAGAGAAAGUGAAGGUGCUGAAUAUGGCAGAGAUUCAGACGCGGCUGGCUUACGUAUGCUGCGUGAGGCACCUGGAGUCUGUUAAAAGCAGCGACUACUGCGAGUAUAUCAGGCCCCCAAUCGACAGAUAUCGGACCCUGGAGUUUGGAAAAUUUGAUGAGAUAGCUGAAGUGGGCUACCAGCAUGGUAAGACCGUGUUUGAUGUGUGGAGGCGGAGUGGCGUAGUGGAGAAAAUGAUGAAAGACCGGCACCAAGAGGAGACACACAACACCCAAUGCAAGAGCAAUGUGAUGACGUGUCCAAAUGCCUCCUUCACUGACCUUGCAGAAAUCGUGUCUCGGAUUGAGCCUGUCAAACCUGCGCUGGUGGAUGAGGAGUCAGACUAUCAGACUGACUAUGAAGAGGAGGCAUUGGAGAGUGCACUGUCUGACAUGGAGAUGUACAGUCACUACGGGGAGCACACUGAAGGGGAGGAGACGGCUGACACGGAUGAGGAACAGGAGAGGAAAAGACUGACCCGUGGGCAGCCUUCAACCCCCUCCUCCAAUUCAUAGGAGCAACAAAAAUGUUCCAAACAAGCCAUUAAGGAAGCAGCAGUCUGA